AUGGCGACAACCACCAUGACGACCACCAUCCGGAAGAAGGAUGCAGGUCUUGCGCCGGAGAGCGAGCGCUUCCUUCGCUGCUGUGCCGAUGUAGCGAGCGCUCUUAUUGAAGACUAUGAAUCGACCAAGGACCCGAAAAAGCCCAAGAAGGACAUCAACCUCAACAGUCUGCGAUCAAAGCUCGCCAGGAAGCACAAGCUUGCCAGUCUACCGCCAUUGACGGCCAUUAUCGCCGCCGUUCCCGAGCACUAUAAGAAAUACAUCCUGCCAAAGCUGAUCGCCAAGCCGGUCCGAUCAUCCUCUGGAAUCGCCGUCGUGGCUGUCAUGUGCAAGCCGCAUCGUUGCCCCCACAUCGCCUACACCGGAAACAUUUGCGUGUACUGUCCUGGUGGCCCCGAUUCCGAUUUCGAGUACAGCACACAGUCAUACACUGGAUAUGAGCCGACGUCGAUGCGAGCUAUUCGCGCCCGAUACGACCCCUUUGAACAAGCUCGUGGUCGCGUGGACCAGUUGAAGUCCUUGGGACACUCGGUCGACAAGGUCGAAUACAUUAUCAUGGGCGGUACUUUCAUGUCGUUGGCACCGUCUUACCGUGAAGAAUUCAUCGCUCAACUACAUAACGCUUUGAGUGGCUACCAAACAACCAAUGUUGAUGAGGCGGUGGAGGCGGGCGAGAUGAGUAACAGCAAAUGUGUGGGCAUCACCAUUGAGACGAGGCCAGACUACUGCCUGCAACCGCAUCUGUCAGAUAUGCUGCGCUACGGUUGUACGAGACUCGAAAUUGGCGUGCAGUCACUGUACGAGGAUGUGGCAAGAGAUUCAAACCGAGGCCACACUGUUGCGUCUGUCGCCGAAACUUUCUGCCUGGCAAAGGAUGCUGGAUACAAGGUGGUCUCGCACAUGAUGCCGGACCUGCCCAAUGUGGGUAUGGAACGCGAUAUCGACCAGUUCAAAGAAUAUUUUGAAAACCCUGCGUUCCGAACAGACGGAUUGAAAAUUUACCCAACCCUGGUCAUUCGUGGUACGGGUCUCUAUGAAUUAUGGCGCACAGGACGGUAUCAGAAUUAUACGCCAAAUGCUCUGAUAGACCUCGUGGCAAGAAUCCUGGCUCUGGUACCACCGUGGACUCGCAUCUACCGUGUGCAGAGAGAUAUUCCCAUGCCCCUUGUGACAUCAGGUGUCGAAAACGGAAACCUCAGAGAGCUCGCCCUAGCUCGUAUGAAGGACUUUGGCACCACGUGUCGCGAUGUGCGAACCCGCGAAGUUGGUAUUAACGAGGUCAAGCACAAUAUCAGACCUAAUCAGAUUGAACUCAUCCGCCGCGACUACACUGCUAAUGGAGGAUGGGAGACCUUCCUAGCAUACGAAGACCCGAAGCAGGACAUCUUGGUAGCGCUGUUGCGCCUGCGCAAGUGUACCGAGAAGUACACGUAUCGGGAGGAACUUACGGGUCAACAGACCAGUAUGGUGCGCGAGCUCCACGUAUAUGGCACAGCUGUGCCAGUACAUGCUCGUGACCCCAAGAAAUUCCAGCACCAGGGCUUCGGUACUCUGCUCAUGGAAGAAGCUGAGCGCAUCGCUAGAGACGAGCAUGGUAGCGAAAAGAUCAGCGUCAUCAGCGGAGUAGGUGUUCGAAGUUACUACAAGAAGCUCGGCUACUGGCUUGAUGGUCCUUAUAUGAGCAAAUGGCUUGACGGACGCAAGCAAGAAGAAGCUUGA